AUGCCUAUAUUAGUACGAGAUGAGCUUAAGAAAGAAACCCUGCAACUUGCUAGAGAAAACUUGGAAAAAGAACCCCAGAUAACUGAAUUAAGGAACCAGUGUAUGAUCAUACGAACAAUGGAAUUAGCAUCUGCUCAAGAAAAGUUAAAUGAGCUCAAGAAAAAAACCCAACUCCUUCAAUGUUACUCCCCGGGUUCCUUGCUAAACAAGCUACAA